AACAUGUCAACUAUCAAUAAGACUAGUGUGUAUCCCACUAGCUUCUUCCUCCUUGGCAUCCCCGGUCUGGAAACUGCCCACAUUUGGAUCUCCAUCCCCUUCUGCCUAGUAUAUAUUAUGGCUGUGCUGGGAAAUAGUAUCCUUCUAUUCAUCAUCAAAUCGGACCAGAGUCUACAUGAACCCAUGUACCUCUUUCUCUCCAUGCUCUCAGUGGCAGACUUGAUUCUCACCACCACAACCCUACCCAAGAUCCUUAGCCUCUUCUGGUUCAAUGAUAGCGAGAUAAGUUUUGAUGCUUGUCUUACCCAAAUGUAUUUUAUUCAUUCUCUGUCCACUAUGGAGUCUGGAUUCAUCUUGACCAUGGCUUUUGAUCGCUAUGUGGCUAUUUGCAACCCCCUUAGACACUCCACGAUUCUGACCCACACAGUUAUUGGAAGCCUAGGCUUGGCCAUUGUCUUCCGUGGAGCUCUGUUGCUCAGUCCUCAUCCAUUUCUACUGCGGUGGCUCCCCUACUGCAGGACAACCAUCAUCUCCCACACAUACUGUGAAUUCAUGGCCCUGAUCAAGCUGGUCUGUGCCCCAACCAGAAUCCGAAAAGCUUAUAGCUUAAUUGUCGCCUUUCUUACAGGUGGUAUGGACUUCAUAUUGAUCAUGUGCUCUUAUGUCCUCAUACUUCGUGUUGUAUUUAACAUGCCCUCUAAUGACGCAAGGCUCAAGACCUUGGGUACCUGUGGUUCCCAUGUGAGGGUAAUUUUGGCUUUCUAUACUCCUGCCUUCUUCUCCUUCCUUACACACAGGUUUGGACAUCACAUUGCUCCCCAUGUCCAUAUUUUUGUGGCAAAUAUUUACCUUCUUAUCCCACCUAUGGUGAACCCCAUCAUUUAUGGAAUAAAAACCAAACGCAUCCGAGAAAAGUUCCUCAAAGUAUUUGUAGUAAAAAAUGUCUAA